AUGAGCAGGCUGGCGUUCCUGGCUGCCGCGGGGUUUGCCGCGGUGCUGCUGCCGAUGAUCCGGGGCUCAGCGUGUCCCCCCUCCUGCAGCUGCGAGGCCCUGGGCGGCUGGAAGGGGCUGCACGUGGAUUGCAGCUCCCGGGGGCUGCGGGCACUGCCCGCCCUGCCCCGCAACACCCGCAGCCUGGACCUCCGCAACAACAGCCUGAGCCGCGUCCCCGCGGGGCUCCUGGACAGCCUGCCCGGCCUGCAGAGCGUGGACAUGGCCGGGAACCCCUGGCACUGCGACUGCCACCUCCUGCACGUGAAGCUCUGGCUGCAGGACCUGUCUGUGCCCUCCCUGCGCAGCAUCAGGUGUGCCAGCCCAGAACCCCUCAGGACGAGAGCCCUGGCAGAGCUGACCGGGAACGAGCUGGGGAUGUGCAAGAGGCUCCUCCCGCUCAGGUGUCUGCAGUUCUUCUGGCGAGACCUCAUCUUAAUGGCAGGAGCGAUAAUUACGCUUCUUUUAGCAGCGUGGGCUCUGAAGUUCUCCAAGAAGCUCGUCUGCCAACUCAACCUCAGCCGGUACGGCCUGCUGAGGAGACACAGCCCCAAAAACCACAAGGCACACUGAGCUGGGCACUGCCACAGCUGGAACAGAAACAUCCAGCUCCUCUGCCACCAGAACAAGGGCACUGGUAAACACUGGCUUGAGGGGGGACUGCUGC